CAAGAUAAUAUUCUUCUGAUUAAACUAUCAAUCGUUUGACGUGUAGAGAGUCGUUUGGUGCGCAAGAAGCAGAUCAGAACGUUUACAUAAGUAAAAGAACUCGUGUAUCAUAGCAUAUUUUGCAAACAAAAUGGCUACUCGUUGGGGUAUAGCAAGUGCUGGAAAUAUAUCUCAUGAUUUCGUAACAGCUAUAGGGGCAUUACCAAAGUCUGAACAUGAAGUUGUUGCGGUAGCAGCGAGGGACCUGUCGCGGGCUCAAACUUUUGCUGAUUUACAUAAGAUUAAAAAAGCGUACGACAAUUAUUCAAAGUUAGCAGAGGACAAAGACAUUGAUGUCGUUUAUAUUGGAACGCUAAACCCUCAGCAUUUCGAAAUUGCAAAGUUAAUGUUAAACAACGGAAAACAUGUUUUGUGCGAAAAGCCUUUGACUAUGAACUUGAAACAAACGACAGAGUUAAUUAAUCUGGCGAAAAGCAAAAAACUCUUUUUGAUGGAAGCAAUCUGGAGUCGCUGUUUUCCUGCAUACGAAACUAUUAAGAAAGAGAUUGAGUCUGGAAGUAUUGGAGAAAUUUAUCAAGUUGUUGUCUCUUUCGGAUUCAAGUUGACGGACAUUGAAAGACUUAACGUCAAGAAAUUGGGAGGCGGCACAGUACUGGAUCUGGGUGUAUACGGAAUACAUUUCGCUUGCUUCGUAUUUAACAACGAAGUACCUCAUACUGUACGAGCUUCUGGUUGCUUGAACGAAGAUGGUGUUGACAUGUCUGUAUCUGCGAACUUUCUUUACAAAGGAAAUCGUACUGCAACCAUUAUCACUCAUUCGGUAGUUGACUUACCGAACGAGGCAUAUAUUAUUGGAACCAAAGGAACGAUUAGAGUGCCGCAGUUUUGGUGUCCUACAACUGUGAUAUUACCGAAUGGCGAGACUGUGAAUACGUUACUCCCGGAAGGUCGCCACAAAUUCAAUUUUACCAAUAGCGCUGGAUUGAUGUACGAGGCUAAUGAAGUUCGCGAAUGCAUUCUAAAAGGUAUGACCGAAAGUUCCAAGAUACCACAUGUGGCUUCUUUGUUAAUUGCACAGUUAGAGGACGAGAUUCGAAAGCAAGUUGGCGUUGUGUAUGAUGAAGACAUUGUAAGUUAAUAUUUUCAGAAUAUACAAUAAACAAUCAGACACACUUAUAUAAAUACAUGUAUGCGAUGUUUUGCAACAAUAAAUGA